AUGGAGCCAGCUCCAAAUCUCCUGUCACUUCCAGAGCCAGAGCCAGAUCCAGAGGCAGCCUCUGGGCUAGAGCCAGCUCCAGCUCCAGCCCCACCACCUGUGGCAGAGUUUGAGCCAUCAUCACCUGCAUCAGACCCUACAUGGCUGGAGGAAGAGCCACCAUUAACUUCAGCCCCAGUGCUGGCUCCUGAACUAGAGCCCACUGGACCCUGGGCUGGGACCACCGAAAACCAGCUGAGGGAGGAGAAGCCGAACAUCUUGGACUUCCCUCCCCGGCUGGUGGCAGGGCAGCUGACAAGGAUGGAGGCGGAGCUGUUUAAGAAAUUGGUGCCCGCCCACUGCCUGGGCUCCAUCUGGUCCCAGCAAGACAACAGGGACCGCAAGUACUUGGCAUCCACCAUCUGUGACACUGUGGCACACACGAACAUCUUGGGCAACAGUGUCAUCGCAUGACAGCCCAGGAAAGGGCCAGGGUGGUGGAGAUGUGGAU